GGAAAAAAGUUUAUUUGUUAGUUAUGUGAUCAAUUAUGAAUUAUCAAUUUCUUUAAUACUAAGCCACUUGAAAGUCAUCCUCAAUCUGAUCUACCCUACGAUUUUUACUCUGUUUAGACCCUGAAUAUCUUGGGUCAUGAUAUCAUUAGAAUUAAUCUAUCCUAUUUUUGAUUCUAUUGAAACCUAUUGCGGGAGUGUUUUGUGUUUUUGUAUUUCUCUGGGUCCUUAUUUUAUGUUUCACAAUUGUACCAGUUCGGCGUGUGAAAGGGUAUUUUUUUUUUUUCACAUAAUCAGGUGUAGCAAUGCUUAGCUUUUUGAGUUAUUCUCA